AGUGAUCGGUGAGCCGAGUUAGCAGCCAGACGCAUUCCUUCUCCAGUCUCGCAAGUAACGAAUAAGAACAUCAUCGACAUGAAAGCCGUGAUCUUUGCGCUCGCCGCCUUAGUGGCCGUCAAUGCCCAGACUUCCCAGUCGUGCUCGAGGGUACCGGAGUACGAGGAAACUAUCUCGCCCGUCGUUUGCCCGAAGCCGAAAGUUAGGCUGCCCAACUACGAGGACGUCCAGACCUACUACCAGUGCGCGGCCAUCACCACCAGUGGAGUGGCGCUCUCCGAUUUGACCGUUUGUCCUGAAAACACCUACUUCAGCUACGUGUUGCAGGAGUGCUACCCCUGCUCCGACUACUUGCCGAGCGCCAAGUGCUCAAGUCUGCCCAUCAACGCCACCUGUGUGUCCAUGGCCGACAUCAAGACCACCACGGCCCCGACUACCACCCCCGCUCCGACCACCACCCCUGCUCCGACCACCACCCCUGCUCCGACCACCACCCCUGCUCCGACCACCACCCCUGCUCCGACCACCCUUGCUCCCACCACCUCCACCCCGUCGGUGCCCACGCCACCCACUGAGGCCCCUGGCACCACCGCAACCACCACCAACAACGACGACAUCAUCACACCGUCGGGUACCACCAUUGUCGUACCUGCGCCCCCAUCCCCCAGCGACGAUAAUGUCCCCACUCCCGUAACGCCCGCGCCCACUGCCCCGACCAUCAACAACGGUCCUCCGGUGUCGAACGAGGCCCCCACCGCUUAAGAAAAUCCUAUUCAAAUCCCUGCAUUUUCGGCUGAAUAAAUUGUUGUCAGACUCCUAAUGAAAUAUAAA